UCUCUGAAAUUAACUAUAAAAUUUUAUUAUACAUUUGCCGCAGUCACUGAAGGAUGUUAUUAAAAAUUCAAUGGCAUUUCCUUCUGCUAUCCACAUUGCAAAUUACGAGCGCCGAACAUAAAAUAAUUGUAAAACUGGAUCCCGAAGUUAUAAUAAAAUCUCUUAUAUCUGAGUCAUCGUUGAAGUAUCUGCAAAAAUUUGCCGAUGUUUUUGCUGAAAAAGUUGCUCAAAGAUUAAUUGGUGGCGUAAUGGAUAAGGACCGGGAACACAUGAAUUAUCAAGAUAAAGAGAAGCAAUCUGCUAAUCAAAGUAACGACAAGGCAAUUCACAGAAUCACACUAAACGAGGAAGAGGCUUUAACAUUACUAGAGAAGCCAUCACCUGAUGGUGAUAACUUGAAUAUUAAUACAUCCUUUGAAGUAUCUAAAGAAGAGGGUAAAUCUAAGAAGAAUAUUCCUGUAUACAGUCUCAUGAAAGUUAAUGGAAAAUAUGUUAGAAGAUUCUUGGGACUUAUAUAAAUGUUAACCAUAAACAUGAUAUUCAGAUAUUUUUUAUUAUGAGAACUGCUAUAUUAGUACUUCUAGUGAUGUUAUUUGGAAAUAAUAUAAUUGUUAAGAAAAAAAUCAUAAUAUUCAGAUAUUUUGUUUUGGCGACAGCAUGGUUUUCAAUGCUUUAAUCAAGAGAAAAAAUUCAUGAACGCAGUGAAAUUAAUGAAACAAAUAUUUUUUGGGAGAGUUUGGAAACAGUAUGUUGCCAUAGCUAUAAAUCAAAUUUCUAAUGAUUGAGGAAUGAAAGUAUGUAAGUAUAUGAAUUUAUCGAGCAGUUAUAAAAUAAUUAAACACAAUCACGAUAAUUAAGUCCCUUUGGUUUCCAGUGUUGAUGGAAAUCUGAACGUAAGGGGGGAUCUGUGUAGAUAAAUUAAUAACCUUAAUUGAUAUUAUACAUUCAUUCUACAAAAUGCCAGUAGAGUCUGUCAAAUAAAUUUAAACAAAUUUUAGGUAUGUGACCUCUUUCAGUGAUUGUAAGCUACUAAUAAAGACAUUAAGCCUAAAGUUAACUGCUAUAAAUUA